AGAAAAUGAUACCUAAAUAUAUUUUAUAUAUAAAUGACACAUGCACAAUAUCCUAGCAAGAGAAGAUGAUAUUUGAACUAGCUUUGAAAGUUAAAAAAUGAGAGUGCAUUCUGUAUAUGAUAUGGAGGACAUAAGUGGUAUGGUGAGAGUAGAAAAAGUGUAUGGGAAACUACAAAUCAUUGACUAUCAUCAGAACAUAAUAUUAUUUAUUCAACAAAUACAUAUUGAAGUCCUACUAAAGCUAGGCAUUGUGUAAAAUACUAGAGACAAGGUAAAAGACUAGAAAGUUUGUGGAACGUGUAGUGUACUAGGCUGUAUUGAGGACUGAAAUUACAUAAGGAAAAGAAAUGAACCUAGUAGUUGUUGAAUGCUUGGAUAGAAUGGUUGACUUUUCCCUUAUAUGUGCUUAUGAGCCAAGGGCAUGUUAAGAAGGGUUAUAGUGUAGUCAGAAUCAACAUACAUGGGUUUUGCAGCAGAGAGGUGAUGUGAAGGGAAUCAGAUUACAGGCAGAAAGGCCAGCAAGGGGCCACUACUCGUUCUAGAUGAGAGAUGAAAAGGUAUUUGAGCAAUAUCUUGGAAAAGAAAUUGACAGCACUUAGUGUUGCUUAGGUGUGAAUGGCUAAAGUAGAAAAGAAUCAAGAUAACUCCCAGGUUUGUGGUCUCAGUAAGUACAGCAGAUAGGAGUACUUUUUAACAUGAUCAGAAAUAUAGAAAGUCUAAUAAACUAGUGAAGAAAAAAAGUAAUUAAAGUGAGGAUAUGAAAAGCAGUUUGAGGUACAGGUGGAGUACCUCAGUUUUUUUAAAAACAUGAUUUAAUCUCAAAAUUAAUUAAACCAUUGCAGAAUAUUUUAUUUCUUUCAUUUUAUGACUUCCUUUAGGACUUCUCUCUCCCAAACCCAAUAUGAUGACAAAGGAUAAUUGAUAGCCCUAAGAUUUAUUAUCAGUGGAAUUUAUUUUCAUGAAACUUCUCUGUUAUCUGCCAUAUCAGCUCUUGCUCCUGUUCUUUGCCUCUUGUUUUGUUGGGGAAGAUAUCACAGUGAUGUCUGCGUUCAACCUGCUGCACUUGGUGACAAAGAGCCAGCCAGUCGCCCUGCGAGCCUGUGGGCUUCCCUCAGGGUCAUGUAGGGAUAAAAAGAACUGUAAGGUGGUCUUUUCUCAGCAGGAACUGAGGAAGCGGCUAACACCCCUGCAGUACCAUGUCACUCAGGAGAAAGGGACCGAAAGUGCCUUUGAAGGAGAAUAUACACAUCACAAAGAUCCUGGAAUAUAUAAAUGUGUUGUUUGUGGAACUCCAUUGUUCAAGUCAGAAACCAAAUUUGACUCCGGUUCAGGUUGGCCGUCAUUCCAUGAUGUGAUCAGUUCCGAGGCAAUCAUGUUUACAGAUGACUUUUCCUAUGGGAUGCACAGGGUGGAAACAAGCUGCUCUCAGUGCGGUGCUCAUCUUGGGCACAUUUUUGAUGAUGGACCUCGCCCAACCGGCAAAAGAUACUGUAUAAAUUCGGCUUCCUUGUCCUUCACACCUGCAGACAGCAGCGGCUCGGAAGGAGACAGUGGGGUCAGCAGCUCGGCCCAGACAGACAAAGCCGAGCUGUAGAGUAAUGGAGAGUGGUGGAAACAAAGUGUACUUAAUGCACAGCUUAUUAAAAAUAUCAAAAUUGUUUAUCUUCCUAGAUAUAUUUUUUCAAAAACUAUAAAGGAAGCUUUGUGCUAUGAUAUGUUUUCCUCUUUUGCUUAAAGGGAGGCUCAGCUCAUCCGUGUAUUUUGCUAUUGACUAGGUCCAGAACUGUUUAUAGCUUUUGCAGAUGGAGAUAUCUUUGUGAAACUUCUUCACAAGCCCCUUAUCCACUCUUUGGCAUUAUUUUCUUUGAGCAUUCACCUUCUUUUGAGCUUUGUUGUUGUUUUUCUCUUAAUUAAGAAGUAGAGGGUGCCUAAUCUUUGGAUGUAAAAAUUGAGAUCUCCUGUGUAGGGACCAGAGCAGGGCAGGGCAGGACACUGACACAUGGCCUUAAGGUAUUGCAGGAAUCUACCUAAGAUAAGGACAGAUGUCUUAAGAGACUUCUCAGCUUUGGGGAAAGUUUGAGCUAAGUUUGUUUUUUCUCCUAAAAGGGUGUGAAUGUCUACAAUCUUUCCUUAUGUUAAAUUAUUGCCAGAUCUGAGGGGGUGCACUGAAUGUUGUGGCAGAGAAAUAAACAUUACCUCAUGAUUAGGCCCUCACUUUAUUUUAUUUUAUUUUCCAUUGAAAACAUUGAAAUGUAAGACAACUGUAAAAUUUUGAGCUUCAUUUUGUCUAAAGUUCACAAAGAAGAACACCUGCCCAUUGCCUUUUUGUAAGGCCUUCUCUUGACACCUAAUAACAGCUGCAACUAGAAGGCCAUUUUGGGUACAUUCCUCUGCAUAAAGUAAAAUACUGAGGACAACACACUUCUUCAAGGAACCAAAAAUGAAAGAGAGGGAGAGGGAGAGGGAGGGAGACAGAGGGAGAGGGAGGGAGGGAAGGAGAGAGAGAGCGCGCAGAGAAGACCAAGGAGAAGUCUUGAGUACUAAGAAAUCCAAUGCUGGGCAGAAAAGCUGACAGGAUGCUGCAA